CGGUUUUGCCGCCUGCCAGAAAGCAGAAGGUUGCAGAGUCUCUUCGCAGCAUCCCUUCUCCAAUGGGUAGAGUCUCAAGGCUGUCUCCUGCAUCUAAGACGCGGAGUGUGGAUCGAUUAGGUCAUGAAGAUGUUGAUGUGCAUGUCAGAGACAAAACUCGUAAGACCAGCAAGAAUACUUCAGGCCAAGUGAUGACUGAACCACCCACAAAGCUCAGCAAGGGCGUUAAGCCUAACACCCAGAGAGGCACCAGAGAGACCCUGAAAAGACCUUCCCAAGUUGAAUCUCCAGAGGCCAGAGUGGUGAAAUCUCGUAGGACAGGUAAAAACCAGGAUGAUGUUGGAGUGCUCGCUAAGAAGCCCAAGACUAGAGUCAAGACUCCUGCAAAUCGAGAGGUACAUGUAUCCAAGCAGCUGAUGAAGGGUGGAACGAUGACCUCUCAAACCAAGCAGACAACUACGAAACGAGGUUCAAAGGGACAGAGCGACUUGAGAAACAAGAAUCAGAAGGCAACGAAACGUUCCUCAAGUGGAGAGAAGACGGAGCGACAUGUACCUGCUAAGAUCAGGAAGGUUGUUAAACCUAACCCCCAGAGAGUCACAAAGAAGACCUCAACAAAGGCUCCUAAAUCUAAAUCUAAAUCUAAACCUCCUGACAAGAAAGCAGUGAGAAUGCCGGCCAAGAAGUCCAAGUCCAAAGCCAAGACUACUGUCAUCCGAGUGGUUUCCAACAAGCCUAAACUAAAAGGGCAAGCUGUGACUACAAACCAAGUUAAGAAGUUCACCACGAGGCAAAAUGCAAAGAGCAAAGUCAAGACCUCCACUAAAAAGGGAGGGGCUGGUAAACUUCAAAGGGGAGGUAGGAAGGGGGAAAAAGCAAGAUCUGAGAAAGCUACUGGCAUAAAGGACACAAAGGUUGUCAAGACCAAGAAGGUCAGCUUUGGAAAGCUUAGUAGUCGGCAGAUGGUGGCCACAUCCAACACCAAGAAAAAGACUGUUGCAGGGGACCUGAAAGGAAAGGGGAAGCUGAUGGUCGAACCAAAAACGUCCAACACCAAGAAAAGGACCGUCACUGGGGAGGCAAAACAAAAAGGGAAGCUGGUGGACAAGCCAAAGAAGGCAACCAACAAGAGUGGGCUUCAGGUGAAGGGGAAGAAAGUGGCUAAACAUCCCAACAGCAGACUGACACCAAACCUGAACAUUAAAGUAGUGGACAAGGAUCCGAUGUUUGAAGUCAAGAAUGAGAAGGAAAUUCCCAAAGUGUCGGAUUACGUCAACUGCAAGCGGGCUAUCCGCGCCGUCUUGACCAAGGACAACGCCCUCUUGAAGAAAUUGAUCAAUAACACCAAGGAGAUCCCUUCUUUGUUCGUCAGGAGAAGUGUGUGUCUGCAGGAUGACGCCCUGGACUAUGCCCUCAAGACGGAGAACACCGACGCCCUCAAGCUGCUUAUCGCAGAGAAAUAUUACAACCAUGACAAGCCACGCAAAGCAAUGCCUGACCAACCAUAUCCAUCGGACUUCACAGGAUAUUCAAAACCCUGUAAAGAAGGAAAUGGUGCUUUAACCAAGGACACUGAAUGUGAAGAUGACAUCCAAAAUAUUGUACGAUUUGAUAAAGCUUUGAACCAUGGUGUGUCGAUUGAUGCCAUCUCUCUCUUAGCCGAGGGUUCAGGCUGUGACUGUACAGGCAUGAUUCAUCGCGCUGUGAGAGCAGGCCACCACAAGUUGGCCUCACAAAUGAUGAAAAAAGUCAAAGGUCGUAGAGGGAACGGCUUCAUCAAACUUCACGAGGAGGUUUUGUCAGCCACAAAACCUGAACAGCUGACUUCUUUUAAAGCUGAAGUAGUCACCAAGAAAUCCUACAAGAACCAGAGGAUAACUCCUCUGCACUGUGCAGCCAUCAACCCCAACCCUAAGAUCAUUGCCAAGUUGUUGACAGUGUCACCAGACGUAUCGUUUCCCGACCAAGCAGGCUUCACUCCCAUCCACUAUGCCGCAGCAUGCAAGAGCAGUGGUCCCUUGGAACUCCUGCUGAAAAGUGGUGUGGACGCUGAAACGCCACAACCCAAGAAACUGGUAACCCCACUAAUGAUAGCUGCAAAGCAUGGCCGGACUAAGAACGUUGAAGUUCUUCUCAAGAAAAGAAAACCUAUUUCAGCUUCUGACCCUCACCCGACACCACCAAAGAGGUUGGGGGUGACCAGGAUCAUCAAGAGCAAGCACUUUGCCAUCCAUUAUGCUGCAGAGGGUGGACAUGUGGACUGUGUCAGGAGCCUAGUCAAAUAUGGAGACGCGGUUGACAUGAAGACGUCACACAAGAACAACAAGCUGACACCACUCAUGAUUGCUGCCGAACGGGGACACCUCCAGCUGGCCAAAGUCCUCAUUGAGGAGCUGGAUGCGGAGAUUGAGAAAAGAGAUAGGUUCAAGCGCACCUCUCUGAUGCUGGCCUGCAUGAACGGUCACUACCCAGUGGCUACUCUACUCCUGAGGAAAGGAGCUAAUCCUAACGCCAAGGACUCCUCAGGAAACUCUCCAGUCCACUAUGCUGCUGCUUAUGGCUGGUGGCACUGCCUCAAACUACUCCUCCAAGCUGGUGGGGAUCCAAACAUCUUAAAUACAGACGAGUUGUACAAUACCCAGAUAACUCCCCUGGGUGCUGCCUACAUGAAGGGCCACUUUGGGUGCGCAGAGCUCCUGCUGGGCCACCCUGGGAUAAACAUCAACCGCCGAAACGACGAGUGUGAGACGCUGCUGCUGACGGCAUGCUCAAAGUCCACAACUGAGGAGUCACUUAGACAGCUGAAGCUGUUCGUUGAGAAUGGAGCUGACAUCCACGCAUCAGACCUGCAUGGAAGGACACCCUUCAGAGUUGCAUUAAAAAAUGGUAUGAUCGACUUGCUGAAGUUUUUUCUGAGUAAGAACGCCAACAUACCAUUGGAUGAAGACAUUGCUGGUGACAAUUUACUGCACUUUAUUGCUGGGUCUCGUAUUGACGCCUACGAUGAAAUCUUCAAGUUGCUAAUUGAGAAUGAAAAGACCAGAGACUGUAAAGGUGGCAAGCGGACGCAGAGGAGUAAAGGGUCAAAGGUUACAACUCUGAAGGAAGCUGCCCGGAGGAAGAACAAUGAAGGAUGCACCCCAUUACUCAAAUGCAUCACUGAUCACUUAAACUGGAAAUUCUGUGGUCGGCACAAGAGUAUCGAAUGUCCCAUAUGGAAUGCUGUAGUAAAGGCAUUGAUAAAUCUUUGCGAAUCAGACAUCAAUGCAGUUGUGGAAAAGGACCUUAGAAAUGUGCCACGAAACUCGUGUGCUCUACACAUGCUUGCGUCUAAGGAACCAAGCAACGUCUUUUCAACAAUCAUGGCGAUGAAGCCCAAACUGGAUGUAGUGAAUGCCGAAGGAUACACGCCCUUGUUGUGUGCCAUUGUUGGUCAACAAGCUCAAAAUGUGAUAACACUGCUCGCGGCAGGUGCUGACCCUAACUGUUCAGACAAACACAAUGCGCUGCUUCUGGCAAUUAAAAACAACAUGCCAGGUAUUGUGCCAGACCUCCUCGCUAAAGGUGCUGACAUCCAUGGGUCCGUGUUUGAGAACAAACAACCCAGCAUUAUGCAUCACAUCCCAGUCUACAUCAAGGACUCUGAGGCCCAAGUCUCUGUAGCCGAACAGCUUGUUUCAGCAGGAGCUUCUCUGCAUACGGUGGAUGACCAAAUGAGGAAUGUCUUGCAUGCCGCUGUCAACAAGAUCGACCGCAAAGGGUCCACCACGUUCGUGGAGUUCCUCCUGGACCACAAACUGGACGUCUUUGCUGCCGACGAGUUAGGCAGAUUGCCCAUCCAUUAUGCAUUCACCAAAUAUGGAGCUUUUGGCAUGGACAAACCAGUCAUGGACAGCACCACCCAAAGUUUUGAUCCAAAGGAGGCUGUUUCCUUGCUGGCCACAGCCAUGCAAGGCAAAAAACUGAACCAGCAGGACAAGCUGGGCCGCACACCGCUCCAUCACGCUGCUGAAGUUGGGGCCCUUGACUCCAUUCCAUCCAUCUUUGAGGGAAUAGAUGAUCUCGAUAUCAAGGACAAGGACGGAUGUACACCGCUGUCAAUGGCAAUGGUUUGUUCACGAGAAAGGGUGGCGAAGUGGUUGAUCGACAAAGGUGCCAACAUCAACCAGGAGGUGUUUUUUUGUUAUGGAAAGGCAGACAAACGUGCCAGGACUACCGUCUUGAAGGAGGUGGUGCGUGAGGACUGGCACUUUAUUAUACUGGCUAUCAUGGACAAGAUAGCCUCAGGAGGGGUACCUGGAAUUUCCUACCUUGAUGCCCUGGAGGACAUCCUGGAAGGACAGAAGUUCCAGCUGGCUGAUGACUUGAUUUAUAAGCUGCCAAAGCCAGACAAGUUGCAGAUGACCAACGACAAGGGUCAGAAUCUACUGCACCUAUUGGCCAUUCAUGCAGUGGGGGGAUCCGACAUUCAGGAUAAGACUGUCUUGUUUCUCCUUGACAAUGGUGUCAAGCUAUUUGCCACUGACUACAGGGGCUGUACUCCACUGCACUAUGCCGCAGUCAACAUGAACGCCUCAUUUUGUAAAAUCUUUGAAGAGAAAGAUCCUGUCAGUUUUCAAAGCUGUAUCAUGUGCACCGACCAAAGGGGCAGGGUACCAGUUGCUUCACUAUUCUGGGGAAUGUUGUAUAACAACAGCGUUGCUGAGAUUGUCGAACUGAUCAAAAAGCAUAAGGGAAGCCUGGAUGUCUGUGCAGCCUUCCCCAAUGUCAACCUUCUCUGUAAGGAGAAACUAACCCGCUCAGAAUCCCUGCAAGAUUGGUACCACAAUCUAGCGGAUGACAAGACGACUGACGUCACGCCACUCAUCUUCACAAUCCUUACAAAUAACUUUGAGAGUUGCAAGCUCCUACUACAGAAGGGUGCCAAUCCUAAUGUUGUUGACAGGAAUGGAAUGACGCCUCUUAUGCAUGCUGUGAGACAGAACGAGAUUGUCAUUGUUCGCGUCUUGAUGGAUCACACCUACAAUCCCAAGGAAGCCGGUAUGAAGAAAAUCAGUGCUGGCCAGGAGGAGAAGCUACCCUGGACCGCUAACUUGCUGGAACGGCUGAAGUCUAGCAGCCAAAUGACCAUUAUUUUAGAUGGCUAUGAGGAAGACGAGAAACAAGAUCAUUCACAAGUUCCCAAAUGUAGUCUCAUGAGCAGUCUGGACGUAAAUGCUGUGGACUCGCUUGGCCGAACUGCAAUUCACCACCUGAUGAAGACAUGCGAUUACGGCACGUACGAGAAUGUGGAGAUGUUAGAAAUGAUGGCAGGAGUUGGAGCCAAUUUGUCCGAGCAGGAUCAAAACGGCAAGACGCCGAUGGAUUACACCAUUGAGACUGGUUCCAGAAAGAUGGCCACUGCUCUUCAGAAACUGACUGGAGAUGACGCGCUAAAACUGCCUGCCACCCCAGCCUGGUCCGACGGUCUGGACUUCCCCUCAUCCCAGCCCGAUGUGGACAGUGAUUCUCAAGCAAUGCUGAAGAUUCUUGAGUUGGAGCGCGGCAAGGCAAGACAGCCCAAUGACUCAAGACCUGAAGAGGAAGAAAAAGAAGAUGAGUUGAGGGAUGUCCUGAUGGAUGAAGAACAGAAUGUUCGCUACCAUGCAAGCAUGACAAAAGUAGAAAUUGAAAAGCAGAGGAGUUAUCUCAGCUUCUACAGCAUGCAGUUAAAUAAACUUCCAGCUGGCGUCGUAGAGCUUCUUUCCCACUGGGGUGUCAUUAAUGGUUACCGUGGGGAGACUGGCAAAAAAUAUUUUUGCAAGAAGGAAGAAGCAAUCACCGAGUUUGAGAAGAUCUUCAAAGCCAAAAGUGGAAAUAACUGGGCAGAUGUCAAAAGUUUUCAGAAGAAGCCCAAUAAGUAUGCAUUGAUGGAGUUCAAGCCUUGGAGAGCAAAGAGGAACAGCGCAAUCAGAGAUUUUCGCUUUGAUUUAGAGUCACCGGUGCCCUGCCAACUGCCAGAGGAAAUCCAACAUGUGGUUCGCAUGUGGACAAAGCCGGAGAUAUUAGAGGAGGCCCUCAAAGAAAUAGGGGUUGACACCUCCAUCAUGAACUUUGGCCACCUUUCCAGAGAAGUGCUACAGAGUGCUAGUGAUGUCUUGGACCAAGUCAGUGAGGUGAUGAAAAGGAAAGAGUUGGCAGAGAAACAGGCUAGAUUCAGACGCCUCAAACAUAGGUUAAUCCUGGAGAGUGGAGAUUCAAAGGAGAGACCAGUACAUUUUGAUCGCAAGCAACGUCUCGCCUUUGUAGAAACGCUUUAUGACCUGAACAAUCAGUAUCUGCACCAGUUGAUUCCUUACGAGAACUUUUCACACGACACAGUGCGGCCAGUCACCAUCCGGGAUGAGUUGGAGAAGCAGAGAAAGAAACUCUUUGAUCUGAUGGACCUGGAGAUGCUCAACAGGAUCUUACUGGGGGCGAUGUACAGGAAACAGGAAAUCCAUCCCCUGGACUACAUUUAUCGUGCCUUAGACUGCAAACUGAAACUUCUGGACAAAGAUGACGAGGAGAAACGACAUCUGCUGCAGUUUAUCCACAAUUCGAUGACAGGUGAUAAUAAUGUCAAGGUGAAGGCCAUUUUCCGAAUGUCUCGCAAAGGCGAGGAGGAGCGAUUGCAGUCUUGCUGCUUGGACAACCACAAGCUGCUUUGGCACAACUGCAAUUCAGCGAACCUGCUGUCUACCAUGAAGCUGGGCAUACCAGUCUCCGAUAGAGAAUACAAACCAGCCUACUGUAAUCUUGGAGAGGGGAUCUACACAUCUCCCUCAUUUGAGGUCAUGGCCUCAAAUGGACGAAUGUUUGGCCAGGAAGACUCCAAGUUCUUGCUUAUAAUGGAGAUUGCGGUUGGAAAGACAGACAAGCCCUCAUAUGGUGACACAUGGAAGAUGGAAUUCAACAGCGCUUACUGGUCUGGCAUAACCAAGAUCAACGCCAAGCGAGAACUCCUGCUUCCUACGGGUGCGUUAAUGCCAGUUGGAAGACUGCUCCCCGUUGAUGGUUGCUUUAGCCGCCGUUCUCCUAGUUUUUACAUAGUUCCCACCCAGGAGCAAGCCUGUCUGCGCUACCUGGUGCAAUUGACAGGUGCUAACUGAAGAAACUGAAAUAAUUUUAGGGAUUCAUGCCAUGCUUUGCAACAGGAAAUUAGACUUUUUGAUACAAAUCCUCAAUGUUUUUAUAAUGUUAUUUGAGAUAUGGUGCAACGUUUCUCCUAAAAGGUCAAAUGAAUUUGUCAAGUACAACAUAAUAUUAUAAUCUGUAGUGUUUGUCUUACCUUUUCUAGCUUUUUCUCUCCAGUUUCAUAUUUUUGUGUUAAAGAUUGUUUCAAUUACGCAUUAUGUGGGAAUGAUGAGUCACCUCAAGGAAUAUUUUUAAAAGAUGGUCCAGAUGUUUGUGUACGUGUUUAACUGGCUUGAGUUCGCUGCUUUUUUAAAACAAGGUUUUCCUUUUCAUUGCUUAAUUUUGUCUCCUUGUAUGUGUGUAUGCUUUGAUUUGCAUACGGUUGACGAGCCAGUCAAAGCUAAGAAAAAAGAGAAAUUUCACUUAAAUUUUAAAGACUAUGUGGAGAGUUGACAUCACAACGUAUAUUGGCAGCCAUCAGAAUACAGUAGAAACUAGACCUGUGAUUUGAUGCGAGACACCACAAGAGCAAGCUGAGAUUGCAUUGACCUUUAUUAGCCGUGUCACAUUUGAAAUGGACAGGCUCUGAAAUUUGUACAUAAAAUAGUCAUUUUGAUUGAUACAUUUCAUAACAGAUAGAGCUAUAUAGAGACUGUUGUGUUUAUCUGUAGUUAAUAUCAGUUCAUAGUGAGUUUACAGUCUUUCAAAAGACUUGUCCAAUGUUGUCUGGGAUGUUGGGGGAAAGUGGUAUUUUGGAGAUGGAGUUGAAAUAAAAAACCAUAUAUUUAGGAAAACACAA